AUGUCGAAGAGCCUGAAGAGCCAGAAGAGGAGGAAGAGGACGGGGCUUGGCACAGGGGAGAGAGCUGCUAAGCCCGGGCACGAGGAUCCCGAGGUGCUGGCAGCACGUCGCGACCCCAGUGCCAUCGCCUUCAGUAUCGAGGCCGCCGCCGCAGCUGCUGCGGCCGCUGAAGCAUUGGAGCGAGAGAAGCAGGAGCUUGAGGACAAGAAGCAGGCUAGCCUGAAGCAGAAAAAGAACACCUUAAAGAAGAUCAAGGAGAUUGAUGCCAUCGAGGCAAAGAUGCAGGAGAAGGGGCAGACAUUCGACGAACUUUUGCCUGAGGUGAAGGGAAAG